AUGACAGCGAGAAUAGUUUAUGCUUGCCGUGAUAUUAAUGUACUAAAGCUGGCGCGAAUCAAGUCGAGUUGGCAAGGUGCGACACAAAGGAAUGUGAAAUUAAGGCAAACAUUUUCUUCCUUUCUUUCCUUUUCUUUUCUUUUUUUUUCUUUUUCUUUUUCUCGCCCCGGUUCCGCGGGUGCGUAGAUAUAUCGCUUAAUGAAACAAAGUACACUUUUACGGAUAUAGAAGAAGGAACGCCUUUGAACGCGACGAGGAAAGACGUUCCCUCGGAAUUAUUCAAGUUCCUCUCGUUGCGACGUCAACCACCCCUUUGUAGCGAGAAGAAUCCUAUGAAAUGCUCCCCAACCCAACGCUGUUAUGAAAAUAGCGUUGCGACAAUUUCUCGCCAAACAGAUCGAACGUUCGCGAGCAUCGGGAACUUGAACGAGGUGGAAAUGAAGUUCGAGCUCGCUUCUUUGGGUUUGUGGCUUGGAUUGAAUCGACGCUUUGUAAAGGAAGGUGACGAAAGGAUGAAAGAACGUCGGUGUCUUAUGGUGCCUCAAAUAUUAUUAGCUAUUCAAAUGCCUAUGAAGUUUGCUGAAAUUUUUGUUCAUUCGUUAACAGUUCUCUUCUUGCUUUUAUUGCACUUUGUGCAAUUUGUCAGGUAAAAUACCUAAACCUACUUCUAAACCUACUUCUUUGGACAUAUUCUUUCCAUUUAUACAUGUACAAUAUAUUAUUUAUACAUUUCAUGUUUAUUUUAGAGAUUGA